UGCUGGUUGUGCUAAGUGUAGUGCAGCCGUACAGAGUAAAUUUUGGUAAUUUCUCUGUCCUAAGUAAUUUUAUAUUAUAUAGGCGCCCACAAAUUUAGCAAAGUUAUUUAAUAAGGCGGAGUGUAUUGUAUAUAGUGUACAAACGCAAUUUGGCUGCUGGUACUUGACUGUUGUGCUGUGAGUAGGAAAUGGUUAAAUUUGUACCUUUAAAAUAAAGGCGUAAAAUUGUUUGUAUAAGAAGUGGGGGAGGCGGUCAGCAACAGUAAUAAAAACAAACGGGUACGCCUACUGAAAAGUAGCGACGCAAGAAAUUUUUGGUUCCGUCGUAUAUCAUUUCAAAAUAAAAAAGCAAAAUUAAGUUGAAAGUAUUGACCAAAAUGUCGGCUUCAUUAAAUGACACGCCCACGCCACAAGAGAUGACGUCAGCUGCAACACCGGUGUUACCAACGAGUAUAUGUGGGAGUGACGGUAAAAUAUUUAAUCAAACUAGUAUAGACAAUAAGGGAUCGGUUUCAAUCGUUCUAGGUUUGCAGGCAGAAAUAAAACACGAACCCCCAGAAGAUAUAAACGAUACUCCACAUACUAUAUCAAAUUCAGUUGAUGCAAUUAUCACUGAAGACACCUAUGGUCCUAAAAUUCGUCUUACACCUACUAUAAAACUAAUGCCAGUUCCGAAUCCAGUCGAUCCGAAGCGAAGAUUUGCUUGCCCCUAUGAAAAUUGCACAAAAAGCUAUGGAAAAAGUUCGCAUUUACGUUCCCAUUUAACUUGGCACACUGGUAUUAAACCAUUUGUAUGUUCGGAAUUAAAUUGUGGGAAGGGUUUCACUAGAUCCGAUGAGCUUAACCGACAUGUGAGAACGCAUACAGGAGAAAAGCCUUUCGAAUGCAUACAGUGCACAAAAAAAUUUUCACGCAGUGAUCAUCUCACUAAGCACCUUGCUACUCAUGCCAAACAGAUGCAAAAUAGCGUCAAUGGCACUAAGAAGCCACGCACUCAAACAGAUGGAAACCGUGCAAAAAAAGGGCAAUACCUAAAUGAAUCAUCCCAAUCAAAUAACAGUUUCGAGGACAGUGAAUACGUAACAGAACCUGAGCAAUAUAUUAAAGGUCUACACUUCAUGGCAUCGCUUGGUGAAAAUUGUGGUAAAACAGAAUCAGUAAAAUCAUCUGAAACCGAUGCAAUAUUUGGGGCUGAAGAUCUCACUAAUAAUGUCCUACUCGACCAUAAGCCCAUAAAGAUAAAAUUAGAACGACCUGAAAACAGCAAUGAAUACCAAGUAGUGCCAGCUGAUACUUCCACAGAAACAAAUUCUUAUACAACAUCAGAGAGAAAUUCCGUUAGUUCGGGAUCGGAAUAUCCACUGUCUUCUGAAUUAUCGGCCCUUGUCGCUGAAGAAUCUAAACCCGAACAAAAGUCUACAUUGCAUUACUCCACCUCCAUUACUCCAAUAAAAAAGAAAGAGAGUACCAUUGCGCAGAAAGUAGAAAGUGUACCUGUUGAAUCUGAAGCCAGUGCAUUUAUGGAAUGGCCAGAGCUCAGAAAAGAAAUAUCGGAAAAUGCUUAUGAUCCACAUCGUCCCUGGCGAUGUAAGUUAUGCCCGAAAUCAUUUAAACGCCAGGAUGAUCUAAAUCGUCACCUUCGCACGCAUACUGGGGAGAAACCUUUUGCAUGUGUUGCUUGUGAGCGACGAUUUAUGCGUAGCGAUCAUUUAAAAAAGCAUCUCAAAACGCAUAAUAAUUUACGGUAGUCAAGAUAAGUAAAACAUUAGCGCGUUUAUACUGAUUAAAAAUGCGUAUGCUUAAAUAUGUAUUAUAUACUACAAACUGUUGAGCGAUGGGAUAUAAAAGAUAUAUAUAUAUACAUAAGUAUAUGAUAUUUUUUUUUCCUCUUAUAACCAGUUAUGUUAUAAAGUAAAAUAUUCAGUCACAUUUUUAGUAUUAUUAUUUGGAUUUGUCUGAAACUGGAAAAAAGAAAAAACUGUUUAAGAGUAACCAACACUGAUUGCUAUUGAAAUAUAUUAUUUUAAAUGCAAACCGUAAUACAAAAAACUGCAAUUUUUUAAUAAUAUUCAAUCCUUAAUUAAGAAAAUGAGAAUUGAUCAAGUCAAAUGCAAAUUAUUGUUGUAUAAAGUUUGUUAACCAUUUAAAUCCUAAUAGCUUCUUUGUAAACAUAUAUUCAAUCUUUAUACACAUACAAUAUGUUUGUCCUUGUGUAGAUAAUUUUUUUUUGUUGUAAAUUUUCAGCAUUAUUGAAAAAUGCCGCAAGUUAGAAUGAAUGUAAAGGAUUUUAAGAAAUGUACACUAAAUUGCAAACGGCUUUUUUUUUUGUUUUUGUAAAUUUUCAGCAAGUAUUGAAAAAUACCGCAAGUCAAAAUUAAUGUAAAGGAUUUUGAGAAAUGUAGACUUGCAAACGGGAAGAUCUGAAAGGGGUUGUGCAAAAUUUAACCAAGCUUUGGCUGAUGUGGUUGUCAUAAGAGUAUAAAAACCCCCCCAUAAACGUUUGGCGAAUGCUGUUGGAGUGACAUUCCUUGCUCGGAUAUGAAUUCCGAUUCUUCCGGUAACAUAUAGCCGUCUGCCGUGGGAAUGAGCAAUUUUUUGGUAAUUUGAAAAAUGAAAUACAAUAGUCAUUCAUUUUGCACGGAAAUGAUGCACAAAUAUUGUUCAUUACAGUUUUUGUUAUUGAUCUAUAUACAAUUGGCGCUUACAUCCUUUAAUGGGUGCUUUGCUAGGUUUCUCCUAUGGCAUUCGUUACUGAUUAGGUUUUUUGAUUGAAGAGAAGAAGAACCAUAUAAAAGUGACGCCCACCAUUUGUGAUUGAUUGUUACUGUACAGAAGCAACUACUCAGUCCAUGAAGCAUUUUAAAAUAUUCUCCACAAACUUUUAGAAAAUGCUACUGAAGUGGCUGCUCUUAGCCAAAUGUAAAUCAGGUCACAUAGAACCGACUGUCGCAAGAAUCAAUAUUUCCUUCCUGGACUACAAGUACGUUAAAGAUUUAAACACUUUACAAUUUAUUGUUACGUAA